AUGUUCUGCGCCGAGACACCCGAAAGCGUUCAUCUACGGCUUCAAGCCAUCUGCACAGCCAACGACAGAUGUGCCGACUGCAAUGCUGAAGGCGUGCACCGAUCGCUGGGCGUGCAAAUCACGCGUGUCCGUUCACUAGAGCUCGACCUCUGGUCCGACGAACAAUUGGAGAUGGUCGAGUCGCGAGGGAACCCCGCGGUCAACCGCGUCUACGAGGCCUACAUCCCGCCCGGCUUCACCAAACCCACCAACACCUCCUCCUCCACGGUGCUCGACGCCUGGAUUCGGGCCAAGUACUGCAGCCUCAAGUUCCAGGACCCGUCCACAGCGGGGGCGGCUGCUGCGGCGUCGCCCCUCCUGCCCGAACCGACGUCGGGCGGCGGCAGCGGCGGCAGCGGCGGAAGCGAGGACAGGCCCAAGCCGCCCACCGUCCGGGUCCUGCAGGAGGCCGAGGGCGGCAAGUUUCGCCCGGCGCGCAAAGCCCUCACCCUCGAUGUCGACUUUCGGAGCGACAGCGAAGAACCCUUAUCUCUCCGAGGGGUGUGCAUAGAUGGUUUGAGUUCGUCGGACGACGUUACAGACGACGAGCCCCGCAGCGGUUCGUCCUCGCCCGCCGCCUCGUCGGCCCGGGUCCGCAUACGCCAAAAGCGAAGCAAGCGGAGCACCAGCACCUCGGCCGGGGGCAGCGGCAGCAGCGGCAACCACACCACGCGCCUGCAGCGGUCACCGAUUCCCAGAGGCGUCGUCGACGACGACGAAGGCAGCGCGUCGGCCACCACGACCACAUCAUCGGGUGGCAGCACGCCGCGCGGGUUCGCGGCGGCGUCGGCUUCGAAGCUGGUGCGCGAGCGGUCGCACUCGUUCGACUCGCCCAAGACGCUGCGCCUUAUUCUCGAGGGCGAGGGCGAUGAUGAAGACGACGACGUCUACGACAACAUCGACAACAACCCCAUCAUCACCCACAACGCCGACAACAGCGUGAUGACCACCAAGCGCAAAAACAAGAGCCGAGAGGGCAGCGGGCGAAGCCACAGCAGAGAGGGCAAGAGCAAGGAGAAAGAAAAAGAAAAAGAGAAGGAGAAGAAGAGGAAAAAGAAGAAGGGGUCAUCCGGGUCGAACACGCCGACGAGCUUCCUCGCGCUGCCCACCAUGCUGCGCGCCGGGUCGAGCUCCUCGACGCCCUCGUCGCCCGUGUCGAUGCCCAACUCGCCCUUCCAGCGCGGCGGGCUGAGUAAGACCGACGCCUCGCCCGGGCCGAGCAAGAAAUCGCAACUCUCCUCCGCCUCUUCCGAGACCAGGCACAGACGAACACGAUCGGCCGAUCGCAGUAUUUCGUUCCGAGUCUACCGCGGCAUGGACCUGGCCGAUGACGAGAAGAGGGAUCAGAUCGCCAAGUACACCCUCGACGAUGCGCACUCGCCGCACCUCCGAAACCGAAAGCUCCAAGGCACGUGCGCGGUCGUGCAUGAGCUGGAGCUGUGGAAGACGUUGGAGACGGAGUGGGGCGUGGGCGAUGAGAGCCUGCGGCGGGUGCAGCAGGAGGAGCGCAAGCGCAUGCUGGCCGAGGCCAAGAAGCGGAAGAAGGAGAAGAAGGAGGAGGAGCGGGCCAACCGCGAGAAGAGGGGAGGCGAGGAGAAGGAGAAGGAGAGGGAGCGGGCCGACAUCGUGUGGGAGAGCCUCGAGCGGGAGUGGGGCGAAGAUGUGCGCAAGCGGCAGGAGGAGGAGCGACGACGGAUGAUCGACGAGGCCAAGCAGAAGAAGAAGGAGAAGAAGGAGAAGAAGAGCAAGAAGGAGGACGAAAGCGGCAGCAGCGGCGGCAGCAGCGGAGGCUUGAAGAAGGAGAAGAAAGGCAACAAGGCCGUCGAUGAUGAAGGUGAGAAGGAGGUCGUCGUGAUCAGCGCCGCCUCGAGCGAGAAGAAGAAGAAUCGGAGCAGGCCCAACAGCAACGGGCGGCUGGAGAGAAUCGUCAUCUCCGACGGCCCGCCGCCCACGGACGACAGCGGCCUCAUCCAGCCCUUCCACCCGCCGCACCACCACCACCACCACGAGCACCACCGGUCGGCGAUGGGCGGCUCUGAUGAGAAGGAAAAGGAAAAAGAGCGAAAGCGAGAGAAGAAGAAGGAGAAGGAAAGAGAGAAGGAAAAGAUGAGGGAGAACAAGAAGGUGAGGGGCGACUUUGAUGAGCUGCUCGGGCGGGUGGGCGACGCGUCGACCACCACGACGAACCCCAGCGCCACGGCGACGGCGACGGCGACGGCGCUGACGACCGGUGGCGGCGGCGAGGUGGGCGGAAGCGGAGGUGAGAAGGAGAAAGAGAAAGAGAAAGAACGAGAAAAGGAGGAAAAGAAGAAGAAAAAGAAGGAGAAGGAGAAGCUGGAGGCGUGGUACCAUCUGCUGCAGCCUCUGGAGGAGAAGGACAAGGAGAAGGAGAAGGAGAAGGAUGGAGGAGGACAUCAACAUGAAAAGGAGAAGGAGAAGGAAAGGGAGAAGGAAAAGGAGAGGAAGAAGAAAGAGUUCCACGCGUGGAAGAGUCUGCUCGAACCGCUCGAGGAGAAGGAGAAGAAGGAGCGAGAGAAGAAGGAGAAGGAACGCGAGAAGACCAUCGGCCGAGUUCCCUUCACCGAUUACGAGACCUGA